UGCAUGUAUCCUGUACUUUGUACACAGAGUGAUGUAAACCCAGAGUCAAACUCCUUGUAGGCUCUGUGUACCUGGCCAAUAAAAAGUGAUUCUGACUCAGAAAAGUAGGCAUGGCAGCAGCAGUGCAACCCUCUGGGCCAAAGAAAGUGUUUCAUUGGAUUUGCUGGCAAAGAAGGGCGUGUGGGGCCGUUUCAAGGCGGUUUAUACACUGAUAAACUCCUCCGUUAAUAAACUCCUCCACUGAUCAUAAGACGCAGUUGGUAGAGUCGCAUCAUGGAGGUCAAACUGUUGGUUUGUGGUGUUGUGCUCGUGGUCUUAGCAGUUACAGGAAGCAACGCGCAGUUAGAUGUUUGUGGCGCUGCACCGCACAACAGCAGGAUCGUAGGAGGGGCGGAUGCUCCUCCCGGGUCGUGGCCCUGGCAGGCCAGUCUGCAGAGCAACGGAUUUCAUUUCUGUGGAGGCUCCCUGAUCAACAAACAGUGGGUCCUGACUGCUGCUCACUGUUUCAACAGUACCCUCCCUGAUCUCACCGUUAACUUCGGUCUUGAUGCCCUAAAGUUGUCGAAUGCAAACGGGAUGUCCCGGACUGUGUCCCAGAUCAUCAAGCAUCCGAACUUUAAUCAACCCACGCUCAAUAACGACAUAGCCUUGCUGCAGCUGUCCUCACCUGUUAACUUCACCAACUACAUCAGACCUGUGUGUCUGGCGGCGAACGGCAGCAUCUUUAAUGCUGGGACGACCUGCUGGGUCUCCGGAUGGGGGAACAUCGAAACUAACAUUUCACUUCCUUCCCCAAAGAGGCUGCAGGAGGUGAGUCUUCCCAUCGUGUCCAACAGUGAUUGUAACGCUACCUACGGUGGUAUAAUCACAAACAACAUGAUCUGUGCUGGUGUGACCCAGGGAGGAAAUGGCACCUGUGACGGGGAUUCAGGCGGCCCGUUGGUGACUAAAAUCGGCUCUGUCUGGGUCCAGGCUGGAGUGGUGAGUUUUACAACACGAAAAGGCUGUGCCGCAUCUAAUUUCCCACAAGUCUUCACCCGAUUGUCCGAGUAUCAGUCCUGGAUCAACAGCCAGAUCACCACCAACCAGCCGGGCUUUGUCCUCUUUGGAACUGCUCACCUGGUUUCCCUCUCGGUUCCUCUGCUGCUGUCCAUCUUACUUGUUGACUUCUACAUCUCUGUCCUAUCAUAGAAAGUUUAAUGAUGAUAAUUAAAGCACCAUGAUAGAGUCAAAAUCUCUGUCUCAUAUUUUUAGCCUUGUGAGAUUCAUUUACCUUAAGCAAACAGCAUAAUCUGCUCCUCUAUGAAUGUGUUUUUCUGUCUUUUUAAUGCAUAUUUCUCACUGCAAAAAAACAGGUUUAUUGCUAAUCUGUCCUCUUUGAUUGCAAGUGAAAAAGUUUUGCAAGGUGUUAUGACCCUGGGGUCAUAUUUUGUUGUUAGUUUAUCUCUCCUGGCACUGUCAGCUGUUCUCCUCCAUUAGAGUGUGAGUGUAUGCAGGUACUGGAGAACAGGUGGACACACUGGAUUGGUCCG